AUGCUCAAGCAAGCCAAGCCCAAGAAUGCUCGCGCCAAGCGCGAAAUGAAAAAGCGCGAGCCGCAGCAGAAUGAGAACCCGAAGACGACGCUCUUUGUUUCAGGCCAAAAGACGUCGCAAAUCCUCAAGCUUGCCGUUGCCGAUCUUACCACUAUCAAGCGUCCUUUUGUCGAGCGCUUCACCAAGAAGAAUGACAUCCACCCCUUCGACGAUGCCUCAUCUCUCGAGUUCUUCUCCCAGAAGAACGACACCUCGCUCCUCGUUCUGUCGCUGCACUCGAAGAAGCGCCCACACUGCCUGACACUCGCCCGCACCUUCUCAUACAAGAUGCUCGACAUGCUAGAGCUCUACAUCAACCCAGAAACAUUCCGCACACUGCAGCAAUUCAAGAACAAGAAGCCCUCGAUUGGUCUCAAGCCCAUGAUUAGCUUCCACGGCACCGUCUUCGAAGACCCCAACCAGACAAAGUACACGCUAGCCAAGAGCCUGUUUCUAGAUUUCUUCAAGGGACAAGACACAAACGAAAUCGAUGUCGAGGGCCUGCAAUACCUCGCCUCCAUCUCGGCCGAAGAGCCUACCGACGAGCUGCCCAACCCACCCAUCCACCUGCGCUUCUACCUUCUGCGCACAAAGCGCUCCGGCCAGAAGCUGCCGCGCAUCGAAGUCGAGGAAAUGGGUCCACGCAUGGACUUUACUCUCGGCCGCGAAAUGUUCCCUGACCCAGAUAUGCUCAAGCAGGCCAUGAAGACACCCAAGGGCGCAGAGGCACGCACCAAGAAGAACAUUGAUAUGAACGCCAUGGGUGACAAGACGGCCAAGGUCCACGUCGGCAAGCAGGACUUUGGCAACCUGCAGACAAGAAAGAUGAAAGGUCUCAAGCGUGGUCGUAAUGAGGAUGAUGACGACGAGGAGGCUGGUGUCGAAGACAGCGGAAGCGACGACGAUGAUGAGGUAGAGGAGAAGACACCCAAGAAGAUGAGAGUUUGA